UCCGGAAAGUCGAGAACGUAGGCAAGCCAGAAAAGAUAUGGCCAAUCGUGAGUUGAAAGAAAAGGUUGAAGGAUUGGAAGGCCAAUUCAAGGCCAUGAACGAGAGCAUGGAGGAUCGGUUUGGAUCGCUCGACGAAGGACAGGUCAGCACCAACGCUGUCGUGGCUCGCCUCGAGCAGCGCCUGGAGGAGGUGUUGCACGGGUUCCAACGACAGCAGCAGGAGGAGCCACCACGGGUGAAUGCACGCGAGCGUCUAAGGCAACAGGAGCAGCAGCGGGCUGAGCAUAACCCCGACGAGGAGGAAGAGUACGAGCAGCGGUCGCAGGCGUCGAACGUUCAUGAGCGACCACGCGUCGAGAAGCCGAGGCUCGUGCUCUCAACGUUCACGGGAACCAAUCUAGAUGCUUGGCUGAACAGGGCAGUGCAAUUCUUCGACUUAAAUGAGAUGCCGCAACGUGACUGG